CACUUCGUCCGUCGUAAAUAGAGGGGCUUUUUUAUUUUUGCCCAAAAUAAUGACUUAGCCCUCCGUCGUAAAUCAGGAGCUGCACUUCGUCCUCGACCGUGAGUUCCCCUCAGCUCCCAGUUGUUAAUCGGAAGACCACUCCUCCGCCCUCUGCUGUCACUCGCAAAGCCCCCUUUAUCCUUCGCCGUACGACCGCGGGCUUCAACUACACCGUUCGCCCUUGAUCGCGAGGUUCCUGACCCACCCACCCUUUGCCGUCAACUGGGUCGCAUCUCAGUUAGGAGCACCGAUCUCGAUGGAUGCAGAGCAGGCCAAGGCUAAGCUUUUAGCUGUGGAGAAGGAGCUUGGUCAUGCAAUUCGUGUUUUUACAAACGCUGCCAGUUCAGCAAAACCUGACGAAGUUUCCCCUUCAUCUACAGAGGAACCUGAUGAAUUUUAUGAAUUUACACCCGAUGAUUAUUACCGGAUCAUGUCCGAUAGAAUUGGAGCACAAUCACAAAUUCUUAAGACCCGCAAAAUGAGAGAGGCAGAUGCAGCAGCCCUUAAAGCAAAAAUAACCAAGGCUGUUAUCAGGGUUCAUUUCCCAGAUAACUAUAUUCUUGAGGCAAAGUUCCAACCAACGGAGACUCUCCAGAGCUUGAUGGAUCUCUUGAAGAAAGCAGUUGCUCAUCCUGAUCUACCAUUCUAUAUAUAUACCACUCCUCCAAAGGAACAUGUUAAAGAUACAUCAAAGGAUUUCUACACGGCUGGCUUCGCUCCAGGAGCUAUUGUCUAUUUUUCUUAUGAUCUUCCAAAAGAUUUGGACUCUGAUAAUUCAAAAGGACCAUAUCUUCGUGAUGACAUCAUUUCAUUGAAUGGUUUGGAUCUGACUACUGAACAAGCAGAUCCUGUCCAUCCUGAAGAGCCAAAAGUAGUGCAGAUUCCAUCUCCUGUUCUUGAUUCUAGGCCACCUGCAAAGAAACCAACCAAGCCUAAAUGGCUUAAGCUGUGAAUGUGGUCCUCAGAUAAUUCUGUACUUAUCCGUCCAGUUCGUUACAUGAAUGAAGAAUCAAACUUACAUGUGAUUUAUUUGCCUCUAAUCAUAUUAGACAAUGACCAAUCAACCAUGUUCUGUUUCCAACCAAACCUGAAGGCGGUUGUGCACUGUCAACACCCUGAGAAAUUAGGGGAAUGCCUAAAGAAUCAUUAUAACUUGUACAUAUGAUAUCAUAUGAGAAUCAUUGUUGUUUCUGGUAAUAAUUGUUGAUUACCGGUUUA